GGUAGCUCGGCGCUCGGCGCGGCGGGCGGGGCGGCGGCGGUGACGGGGCUCUCCAGCACCGGCCAUUUCCCGCCGGCCCGGCCCGGCCCGCUGAGCGCGGGGGCGGCGGGUCCCGUCCUGGGCCUGCCCGGCGCUCCCUGCUCUCCCCUCCAGGCUUCUCCCCGCGGGCACAGCCCCGCGGCACGGACCGGCCAUGCCUCCCAAAUUCAAGCGGCACCUGAACGACGACGAGGUGACGGGCUCGGUGAAGAGCGAGCGGAGGAACCUGUUGGAGGAAGACUCAGAUGAAGAGGAAGACUUUUUCUUGAGGGGGCCUUCUGGACCCAGGUUUGGACCCAGGAAUGACAAGAUCAGGCAUGUCCAGAACCAGGUGGAUGAAGUCAUCGAUGUCAUGCAGGAGAACAUCACCAAGGUGAUCGAAAGGGGCGAGCGGCUGGACGACCUGCAGGAUAAAUCAGACAGUUUAUCAGACAACGCAGCAGCUUUUAGCAAAAGAGCCAAGCAUCUCCGGAGACAGAUGUGGUGGCGAGACUGUAAGUUGAAGGUGAUCAUAGCGAUGGUGGUGGUCAUUCUCCUGCUCGUGAUCAUCGUGCCCAUAGUCCUGAAGUACCGAUCCUGACAGGGCAACUGGAGGCUUCGGUGGAGCUGCCUCUGGGAUAAGCAAUCUGCUGUGUAAUUUAAGUGAGAUAUCUGUAUAUAGCUUGGAAGUCGUUUUUUUUCUCCUGUGAACAGGAGGUGGUGGCAAGCAGCGAGCUCUAAGAGAGCUUUUCAAGAACUACCAAACAACCCUUUUCCAGUCGAGUACCUGUUCCUGCUGUAAGACUUUUUUUUUGUGUAACACAAGAUUCAGAUCCCAAACCGCCUGUUUUGUGGAAUUCUGGGUCUCUGGUUUGGAGCUGGCUACUUGCCCCUACGGUCUAUCUGUAUAUAUGGUUGAGUUGUAAUAUUAAUAAUAAUAAUAAUAAUAUGGUUUGAGCAGCUCUCUGCUGCCUGCUGUGGAAGGCAGAGGGGACUCUGUCUUUGAAUCAGAGAAAAGAAGGAGAUAAAUGUCUGAAGGGAAAUACACCAUUAUAGGGAACUGAUACUUUUGAGAACAACUGCAGGGGUGUUGUUUUUCUCUUGUUCAAAAAAAAAAAAAAAAAAAAGAAAAGAGAAAAAGUGAAAUUAGGUUUUACAAUCCAGAAAACUUUCUGGUCCUGCCAUGGGAAUGCACAACAAGCUCAGUGUUUUCAGUAUUGCUGCUUACAGCUGUGACUAAAGACAUUCCAGUAAACCUAUUUUUGAUUCUACGUGUGGAGUUUUUGCACGUCUUCAUAAAGUUUUGGAGGACAUUCAGGCCUCUCCAAGGCUGGGA